AUGGAUUCCUACACACAUUUCACCAGUACACGCGGCCUCAGAGUCUUCAAACUCUCGGAGCUUGAGAAGGCCACCGAGAACUUCAGCUCAUCUCGCUACAUUGGAGGGGGAGAUUUUGGAGCUGACAUCUUUAAGGGAGUCAUCAAGGAUGGCAACAAAACCAACAUCCAUAUACUUGUCUAUAGGAUCACCCGAGCACCUACUCGUAAAGCAAAAAGCGACGAUGAGUGGGCGAGGGAGCUAACAAAACAAGUAUCAGCUAUUGAUGAUCGUCCAAACCUUGCUAGAGUGGUGGGAUAUUGUGCCACCCGAUACAAGAAGAAGGGACAUGUAGAGCCUGUCCGAUUUAUAGUGGAGGAAGAUGCCUGCAAUGGAAAUUUACAUGACUAUCUACAUAAGGAACGGCAUCAACCUCUUUCAUGGGCAAAGAGACUCAGCAUACUCCGAGAUGUUGCUCGUGGCUUGGCUUAUUUUCAUGAUGAAUUAGAUAACAAGAUACUAUCUUUCAAAUCCUCCAACAUACUCUUGGAUCAGUUGGAUGGGAACUUAAAUGCCAAAUUGUCAGGGUACUCGAUGGCAACACUAGGUUCUUUCGAUGACCACUUAAUGGAUAUUACACGUUUUUAUGCGAGUUACGAAGCUCCUGAACUCCUUAUACGAGGCGAAGUGACGUCCAGCAGCAAUGUGUGGAGCUAUGGUAUCUUCAUCUUGGAGGUCAUAACUGGUAAGAAUCCAUCAGAUAAGAACCUUCACAGAAAAUUAAAGAAACUAUGGAGCUCCGAUAGAAGCAAGUUGGUGAAGAUGAUAGACCCCAAGCUUAAAGGAAAUUAUUCAGUGGAAUCUGCAAUGGCGCUAGCAGCACUAGCAGCUGACCAUUGCUUGCAGGAAGAGCCAAACCAGCGACCUAGAAUGAGUGAGGUCCUUGCAAUGGUGUCUACAAUGGCUGAGACAUCAGAAAAUUGA